GCUCGAGCGCACGCAGCUACGUCGAAGAAGAGGAGGGCAGAAGCCGAAUGGUGGAGCUGAACAUGGCGGAUGGAGACAGUGGGAGUGAGCGCGGUGGAAGUAGCGGCGGAGGAGGCGGCUUCCAGCACCCUCAGAGGGACCAGGAGACCCAGGAGCUGGCGUCCAAGCGCCUUGACAUCCAGAACAAGCGCUUCUACCUGGACGUCAAGCAGAACAGCAAGGGCAGGUUCAUCAAGAUCGCCGAGGUGGGGGCCGGGGGCUCCAAAAGUCGCUUGACCCUCUCGCUCUCGGUGGCGGCGGAGUUCCGUGACUACCUCGGGGAUUUCAUCGAGCACUACGCCCAGCUGGGGCCUAGCACUCCGGAGCAGAUAGCUCAGUCCACCGCGGGGGAGGACGGCGGGCCGAGGCGAGCCCUGAAGAGCGAGUUUCUCGUCCGGGAAAACCGUAAAUACUAUCUGGACUUGAAGGAGAACCAGCGGGGUCGGUUCCUGCGGAUCCGGCAGACCGUAAACCGCGGACCUGGCUUUGGAGUCGGGGGCCCUGUGGGCGGCAUGCUGGCCGGCCAGACCAUUGCCCUUCCGGCGCAGGGGCUGAUCGAGUUCAGGGACGCCCUGGCUAAACUCAUCGACGACUACGGCGGAGACGACGAGGAGCUGGCCGGGGGCUCGGCCGCGGGGGGCUACAGCGAGCUCCCCGAGGGCACCUCCAUCAUGGUGGACUCCAAGCGGUUCUUCUUCGACGUGGGCUCCAACAAGUACGGCGUGUUCCUGCGCGUGAGCGAGGUGAAGCCCAGCUACAGGAACUCUAUCACCGUCCCGUUCAAAGCCUGGAGCAAGUUCGGAGGGGCGUUCAGCAGGUACGCCGAGGAGAUGAAGGAGAUCCAGGAGAGGCAGAGGGACAAGAUGUACGAGAGGAGAGAGGAGUCCGAGGGGGACGACGUGGACGACGACUGACUGAGUCCAGCAGCUGGUGGUCCAGCUUCCAGGACACUUUAGGGGUAUUUUGCAUAAAAGAGGGAGCAGUGCAUGACAAAUCUUAGCCUACUAAAAGUAUUGUGGCGUUAAAAAAAAGUACAUGUACAAGGAUUUAUUGGUGUUUAAAAAAGUUUAUUAGGUGGAGAGUUGGAGUUUGAGUCUCUGAAAGUGAAACAUUUCUAAUUGGUGAGAAAACAGAGUGAGUUACAAAAAGGAGAAAAAACAGCAAAUUGUUUUGUAAAAGUAGAAAAUCCAAACUGUUUCCUGUUUGCAGCCUAGGUUCUGUUCAGAGCAGAGACCUGGUCCGGUCCAGUCCAGGUCUCUCUCAUUGGGGGGGCCAGUUUGUGGGAUUCUUGUAAGUGGGUUGGAGGAAUCUGAGCACAGAAUAGAUGGACAGACGGACAGCUGUCACACAUCUGCAGGCCGUUAAUCGAAAAGAUUACCCAAAAUGUCAGGGGGGGGGGGGGGGAUUAUCUGCCAGGCCAAUCCAGGGGCUGAUGGAUGAAAUGAAAGCUUUGACUCCAGCAGUCAGUGACAGCUCAGCUCAGCUGCUUUAUGUUAUACAUACAAUCUGAGAGGCGCAGAGGUCACUCGGUGCGUUUUCACACCGGUUGUUUGAGAACGAUACGGAGCAGACCCCUCCUGGGACACGACACGUUUUAUUACAGGACUUAAUAUUCCCCACAGAACCAGGGUCCAAAUGUGUGGCAGUGGGCCGGAGAGCCCAGGCCAGGAGCUUUCAGACCCGUCACAACCCGGGACACAAACCCACUGAUGGACGCUUUCUUUCCUUUUUCUUCUUUUGUUUCAAAAGAGAACUAUAUUAAAAAUUAAACUGUACCUAUAGAAAAUAUAUCAGUGAGCAAACCAGCAGAAGAUAUUUUCAGAUACAUAUAAAAACCAAAAUGUAUUGUCUAAAGAGAUUUCAAGAGUUAAAAUAAAAAAUAUUAUUAAUUUCCUAAAACAAAGAUGACUCCAACUGCAGAUUAUUUUUCAUCUUGUGCCUCCCAGAGUUAAACUUAUUAAAAUAAUUUGAAAACAUU